AGAAAGAAAAUAAAGAACAAAAGAAAGCGCAAUCUAUUUUUAAUCAAAGAAGAAGCUAUGGGUCUCUCUAAGGCACGCAAGCUACUCUUAGUACUCGUGAUCACUGCUUACUUCUUUUCUGGUACUGCUCAUGCAUGGAGCUGGAGCUGGGGUUCUGGCCAAUCCGGUUCGAGCUGGGGAUGGGGUUGGGGCUCCGAUGACAACUCUGGCUCGAGUUCAGGUAGUUCAAACUCGAACUCGGGUUCAGGUGGUGGUUCAAGCUGGGGUUGGGGAUGGAGCUCGAACGGAACAGAUACAAACUGGAGUUGGGGAAGCAGCUCUGGCUCAAGCGGCACCGGGUCUACACAUAAAAGCCACCACAACCACGCGGCCCCAUCAAACCACUCGAGCGGCUCUGGCUCUACACACAACAAUCACAGCUCGGGCUCAAACCACACCAGCGGUAGUAUUAUUGGCUCUUCACACAACAACCACACGACUCAAGUAUCGCCUAGAAGAAAGAUUGAGGUUACUGUGUGGAAGAGCGGAUUCGACUACAAAGAAUGGGCUUCAAAGCAUGAGCCGUUCCACACCAACGAUGUCCUUGCUUUCAAGUACAACGAUAAAAGUGAUCAAUCCAAGAAGAGACACAACAACAAUAACGAUGUCUACUUGCUUCCCGACUUGAAGAGCUACAAGAGAUGCGAUGUGAGUAGAGGCAAGAAGCUAGGGUCGAGAGUAGGCUCAUCAUUAGGGUUCAAGCUGCUUCUCCGCAAGACUCGUGAGACUUACUAUUUAGCUAGUGGGGAUCACAACGCCUGCAACCACAACAUGAAGUUCUCUGUCUCCCCGAUUCCUCGCUCUUCUUCAAACACUAAACCCUAAUUCCACUUUACUACAUGCUUUCCUUUACCUUAAACUACUUUGUUUCGUUGUUAGAUUGUAUUUAUUUUCCUUUUUCUUUAGUUUUUUGUGCCUCAAAUCAACGAUGGAUUGGGUAUGCCAAGAUUACAAAUUGA